UCGAAAGGCUGAAUAAAGUAAUCUAGUGACUGGAAAAUUCCUUCCCCACAAGAUCUACAACCUCAAUAAAGCAAGUUUGCGUGGUUUUAUAAAAAGAUCACGGCCGUGCUCAUGGCUACGUAGAAUAUAUGUCUUACUUGUAUACUAGUAUAACACUUGCGCCUUACGGAUAAUAAGUUUAUAUAUAAAAAUUAUUUAAAAAGUAUUAUAUGGAAAAAUAAAAUUUAUAUAUUUCAUCGAAUUAAUAUUUUUUAAUCUUUUAGCAAUUAUAUAAUUUAUUUAUUGAUGGACCGACAUUAUAUUUAAAAGAGUUAAGUCUAAAGGAUCACUUGUAGCAUAAAUGCCUAACGUUUGGACCUAAAUGAUUGUUUUUAAUUCGAAGCCUUCUGCGGUAUAUAUAACCGCAUAGGUAGGUUAUCGGUUAGAUAUGAAAGUAUAAACCAUACCUUUGUUUUAACUGCCAAACAUUAUUUAUGUAACUUUACGCAGUAACUAUGAUUUCUAUGCGAAUUUUUGGCUGAAAUUAUUUAGGAUAAUAUCUAUUCGGAUUAAUGGCUGAAUGUAUAAACUUGGUAAAAAAUAUCUUCUUUUCUUAAAUUGUACCACGAAACUUGGUGACAAAUUUACACUUACCAUAUGAGAUUGAUUCAUAAUAUGUGUAUACAUUGAGGGUUUGACUGGUGACCAUUCGGGAAACAAGAGGAACGGAUUAAAAAGGAAUGUUCGGGAAUAAAAUAGCAGGAAUGAAAAGGAAUGGUCGUUCCUUAUCACUUUUAACAAGGAAUACUUUUGUUCUUUAAUUCUCUACAAAAAAAGGAAUGAAAGGGAAUGAAAGGGAAUUAUUAUUCUUUGUGAAUGGUGAGAUUGAUUCUUCAAUUGUGUAUGGUCAAUCAAGGUAUAUUUAUACACAUAUUAUGAAUCUUACAUGUACAAAUUUACACUUUGUGAACGGCGAGGAAAUCAAUCUCAUAUGGUCAAUCAAGGUAUAUUUACCAUAUGAGAUUGAUUCUUCAAUUGUGUAUCACGCUAAUUUGUACAUGUAAGAUUUUUAUUUUCUUGUAAGCAUUAUUAUAUCGGCAGUAAAUCAUUGUUUCUCCUUUAGUUCAUGGGAUUCAAUUAAAUUGACUAUUGACCGACCACAAAUAGAGAAAACCAAAAUGACUCGUACCUUGCGUGAUUUAUAGUUAACAUUGAGUAUAUAUUUGAAAUGGGUACUUGCUAGGCCAUGUCUCUUCCAUUUUGAACCCAUGUUUUCACUUAAGCCAUGUUUCGGUGAUCAAAAUAAUGCUUGGCAACCAUACUUUUGUCUGCAGCACACAUAAUUAAUAUUAGUAAAAUGAUAUAUAAAUUCCCUCAUAACCAAAAGUUAUGGACUUACUGACAAUGAACAUUUGAAAACAUACCUUGAUUAUUACUGAGUAAAAAUCGAUUAUCAUCAUCUUCACUUGAAGAGAGUUAUAUAGUUCAGAGAUCGAGGUUCAUGGUUCUGUUUUAUGCGUUUUAGGUGUAGGCUGAAUUUGUUUUCUAGGAUUAAAUCUUUUACCAGUGGAAGUUUUGUUAAUGCUCGUCUUGUGAAAUAUUUCGGUGUUCGUGAAAAGAUGAUAACAAUUUUACUAUAAAAUAGACCACGUCUCUAAUGUUAUUAAUACUUGACAACGUUGUUCUGUAUCCUAUAAUUUUCCAUUCAGUAUAGGUAAUUUCUUUUUUGAAUUAUCUUUAGUACUCAGACGUUUGCAAUACACUCAUUCUAAUUGUGAAGAAGCUUUGAAUAACAGUAUGAAGAGCCAUACGACCAGACCGUUUCUUGCAAGUUAGGUCGAACUUUUAUAGCAAAGUUUAUUUUAAAAUAUAAUCCUUGUUAAACAAUGUUGUAAAAUAUAAACGGUAUACUAAGUUUGUAAUAAACGCGGACUGUUAAAAUGUAAUUUUAUUAAAUCUUUCUAAGGAAAAAAUGCUAGACUAAGGUUUGCCCAAAGUCAUUGUGAAGGUACCACAUAAGCAAUAAGAAGAUGUUUAGAAUUGACACCUCAGCAACUUUAUUUUGUAAUUAAUACAAAAUUGAGAUUAUAACGAGAUUUCGAAAAGUUUCCUUUUUAUUUAAUUUGUGUCAAACUUUUAAAUCAGUUGUGAAGACUGUAAAUAUUAUUUAUGGGAUUGUUCCGUAAAGGGAAAUAUAAAAAUUGCACAUAUAUAAAAUGGCACAUACCUUACACCUAAUAUAAUUUCUGGUCCAUGUGUCUAAUGAAAGUCAGGAUAACAUGUUUUUAUUUAUUUGUUUUGCACACUAAAACAAUUACCUUGCAAUUGAAAUAAUAUUCUUUUACACAAAAAGUCAUUUUUUCUAUAAAUUUUAUGUAUGUCAAAGAAGGAAACACAUUUUAAAUUCAAAAUUGCAAAUGGUCAAAGACUUAAGAGUUGGUGAAAAAAAAUUCUUGCAAUUGAAAUAUUUGUCUUUUACACAGAAAUAAUAUAUAUUUCUACUUUUAUGUAUGUUAAAGAAGGAAACACAUUGAUUUUUUUCAGAAUUGCAAAUGGUCAAUAGUUGGUAAAAAAUUUUCCAAAAAUUAAAUGAAGAAAAUAAAUAAAUGUAGAAUCUUUUACAUCCUUCAUAUACAGCAAAAAAACAUCUUCAUUUUCAUUUUCAUUUUCAUAUCCAUCCAUGUCUUAACGCUAAGUGCAUUCUAUCUCUUCUCUCUCGCUUUACUUUCUUUCAUCUUCUUUGAUCCAAUAGCCAUGACGACACGCUCAUCAUCAUCAACAUCGCCACCUAGAAAGCUCCAAUAUCAUAUCGAUGACCAUGAUUGGAUCAGCAAACUCCCAGACGAGUUAUUGCAAACGAUUCUCUCAAAAUUGUCCACCGAAGAAGCUGUACGAACAAGUCGUUUAUCGUCAUGAUGGGUGGAUGUGUGGAAAUGGAGGUCUCAUCUUGUCCUCGACAUGAACAAGGCUAUAAAUAAUCACCGUGACCACCUAGAAAGCUGCAUUAUUCAGCAUUACGUAUCCCAAUGUAAGGAUGGUACGCUCCAAAGUUGGAUCCACUCAGUGACUCGUUUGGAACACACAAAAGAUCUCACACUUGUAAACUACAUCCCUGCUAUAAGGCGUUGCAAAGGAGCUAGUUUGCUCAGCUUGCACCCAGAUACAUUUUCACAUCAUAGCCUCACUUCACUAUCACUUUGUGGAUACACCCUAAUAGGUCCAUGUGCCUUCAGCAAUUGCAAGAAUCUUAAGACCCUCAAGCUUACAAACAUUGUCAUCUCACAAGCUAGUGUCCUUAGUGGAGUUUUAGCAGCUUGCUCCUCCCUCGAGGUGAUUGUGUUGAAAGUCAAUUUCCUAACCCCACGUGGUGUGUUGAAGAUUGAGAACAACAACUUGAAGUUCUUGCAAUUGUCUUUCCUUUACGAGAUUGAUAGGAUGUAAGUGUAUGCAAUUUGUCUAGAUGUUCUAGACAUCAGGUGUAUCAAAGUUAAGAGAGACAACUUCAUCAUUGUUGCUCCCAAUUUCCUGGUUAAAACAAAUGCUUGGUUGGAUGAUUAUCAUCAUAUCUCGCUCAGGUACAAACUUAACUAACACAAUCGUUUUGAAUAUUUUGAAAAUUACAUAUAUAUACAUAUAUAUAUAUAUAUAUAUAUAUUAACAUGAAUGAUGUAUUACUGAAUCUUAUUUUGAACAUCCUAAAUUGAACCUUGAUCACCUUACAUCAAUUAUCAUUGCCCAUGGAUCUAUCCUUAGCAUUUGAUUGAAUUCUUGCACUUAUUUCUUGAUUGGAUUUGAGAUCACCUUGUUUAUAUUUCUAGGAUAUUAGCUUAUUACAAAUCAUCAAUUUUCUUGUUUGCUUAGAUUAGGAAAAUUUGUGUAUUCUUAGUGUUAUAGAUCACUAGUUCCUUGUGGAUUCGAUCCUAAAAUGCUACAAUGACAUACUAUUCGAUUGUGGUAUUGUUGGCACAUUAGGUUAUUUGGUGUGUGCUUAAACGCGUAAUCAACUAUCCAAACCUGAACUAGCAAAUAUGACGAAAGAGAGAGUCACAAGAGACGUGAUCAGCGAUGAAAGGUGCAAUGAGAUGAGAGAACAAAUAGAUAAAAAGAGACAAAAUGAAAUCAACAAACCGUGGAGCCAUCCUGAAACUAUGAAAAAGAGCAUAGAAGUCUGAGCACCAAAAAUCCGAUCUUGAAAACUAAAACGAGCAGAGACUAUUGACGGCAAACCAUCGACAAGGAAAACAACAUCAAUGACAACUAAACUCUAACCCAACCCAACGAGAUGUAGUUUCUAACCUUAGCCAAAACCUAAGAAAAAAGAGGACUAUAUUGACCAAAAUAACAUAGAACGCCGUAAGAAACAACCACACAACAUAGAAAAUUAUAUGUCUGAUCUAUAACAAAUACCAGAUAAUCUCACAGAAAAAGGUGAGGAAAAACAAGAGCACAAAGGUGAAUCUUUUCUUACUAAUGGUGAGAAGCACUGCACACCAGUGAAGUAAACGAAAUACAUAGAUGGUGAUGGAUCAAAGUCAAAGAAUGGGAGAAGAGUGCAAAUAUCACCUAAAAAUAAUAAUGUUCACAAAUGUGAAAAAUUAAAAUACAAUUUUGACGCCUUUAAUCUUAGAAUCAACAAAUACCUAAAGACAAAAUUAUUGAAAUUCAAUAUGUUUUGCAUCAGAAACUUACUUCAUCACUAACAAUAGUAUUAUACAUACAACAACACAUUAUUAAAAAGACAAACACAUAAUAUAUUAACUUAUUAUCUACUAAUACAUAACAUAAUAAAACAUCAAAUAAUAUCUUUCACAGAUAAAUACUGACCACGUAAUCAAAUCAUCAGAAAAUCAUAUUUAAAAACAAUAAAACAAUAUUCUGCGCAAAACGCGGAAAAUCUCUCUAGUGUAAUAUAAACACUUCUACUAUACCUUACGCUACAUUGUCUAUGAUAAAAAAACCCCAAAAAAAUCUAAGGAAAAAGUCACGACCAAUGUACACUUGUUGAGGAGAUUGAUGUAAUACUUAGUCCAUCGGGAAUAUAUGCAAUUUGUGACACAUCUUGUGUGUAUUAAUUUUGAUUCUUUCUUAUCGAAUCCCCUCGGUGUCAACACGCUAGAAUCUUCCCUUUUGUCUAUAAACUUAAACUUUAUUUACUCUCUUUUUUUGUUUAUUAAACACGAAUGAAACUCAAAACGUUACAAGACCAAAUUAAGACGUCGAACAAUAACUACUAUAUUUUGUUCUAGCUUAGAUUUCAUCAAAAGAAAUCUCCGAAAUAACUGUACUUUUUUUUGUCAACCGAACUAACUUUACUUAGAAGGAUGAUUUACGCUUUCAUCGUAGUAUUAUCAAAGGAUGGUCCCAUACACAGUGAGAUAUUGGCUGCAGGCAUAUAACGUCUUUCUGUCGUAUUUCAUCAACCUCGUUUUAUUAAUCAAGCAUUGAUUUCCACCCCGUUUGUAUGAUAUGUAUAACAAAAUAGACUAUUAACCUCCUUACAAAAAUAGAUAUAUAAACUCACAAGAAUCAAAUCCUUUGUACGCGGGUCAUACUCACUGGUUAAGGAUUCCACUUGGCUUGUCAUCUCAAAUUUGUCAAUUUAUCAUACAAAAAUGUAAGCUUGCUUCUCUUCCAAGAAACAUAUAUAAAAAGAACAAAGAACAACUGAGUGAAGAAGCACACACAGCUUCAUCUCGCCGCAACCCAAUUUGCUUUAGUUAACAUUCCCUCCUUAAAGUAACCUUGCUCGGAUACGUUACUAUGACAGUGAUCUAAUACUGUGUCUUUUGAAAAACAGAUGCAAAACGUUCUUUUUAAUUGAUUUGACUAUCGACGACACAAACUAUAGCUAUCGGAUUGUUACAACCAAAUACUUAGUACGUUUAACCAAUGUAAUAUUUCGAUGGAUGAACAUGUGAUCUUGGGCUAAUGAAUGAGUUCUCUUGACAAUUGUGUAUUUUUAACGUUUGGGAGGAAGACGAAUGUUUUUAGAUAAGGAGAGGUAUGUUUUCCAGCGUAGCAGAAAUUUUAUCAAAAAAAAAAGAACUACGUAACAGAAUUGUUAAGCAAAGAAAAAAAAACUACGUAACAGAAUCUUAAUAAAGAAGUUGAAUAUAUGAUAUUUAAUUUUCAGAAUUUUCUAUACACUUCUGAAUAUACGGAAAAUACGAAAAGAAAAGUUUAUUGUAAACUUCAAUUUGGUAUAGUAAGACUUCCUAGCAUUCAACAAUAACUAACUUUUUAUUAAGAUUUUAUUCACUAUUUUGACAUAUUAGGAAAAUGAAGUAGAGAAGUUCCGUACGAUAGUACUAAUUUUUUUUUCAUCAUAUAUAUAGCACAAAAAAGAUAAAAUGACAAAAGUAAAAUUUCUCUAAACAAGUGGGAUUUAUGAUUUUUAAAAAAUAUAUUAAUAUUUAAAAUUUAAAAUAAUAAUUUUAAAAAUAAUUUCAAAUUAUAAUUGAAAAAUAAAGUUUGUAUUGAAAUUUUUUUUCCAGUUUAAUUUAUUUAAAUAUAUUUAUAUUUAUAAUGUAAAGAUAGAAAGAUUUUUUAUUUCUGUAAUAAAUUUUCUUACUCAUUUUUUAUGUGUGCUUUUAGUAAAAAAAAACUUAUUUUAAAAUGUUUUGGAAAAUUUGCUGUAACAAUAUAAUUAAUAAAUUUAUUAAUUUUUAGGUUUACGAACAACACCGUAUCACAGUUGUUCAGCAUGUUGCCAUUAAGACAUUUAGUCUUUCCAAUUUUCAAUUUGAGAAGGCCAUGUGAAUGUUGAAGUAGCCGACACCAAGAAUUUAAAAUCGGACAUUUUAGGAUAACGUAGAGAAUUCAUGCUCGAAAUGGUAACAGCUAUUUGAACUUAAUUUGAACCGGUUCAUGUAGGGAAGAAUGAACUUAGACAUGCGUAAGUGAACACUGAUUGGUAUUUAAUCGCUUUUGAAUUAUUGAAGAAAAAGAAUAAAAGUGAGAGAAGAAUAAAUCGGCAUUAUAAUAAAGAAUAAAUUCUAACUGAAUUUAGUAUAUAUAGUUCUGUAACACUUUAAUACUGGUCGCGUUAUGGCUGUCCCAUAUGGCCCUAUGCAGAAGAAGAUACACCCGGGGGAGUCUCAUCUAUCUUUUAUGGAUAACAAACUAAAUAUAUAUUUUUGUUUUUCUUUUCUUGAAUGUUCCUUUAUCCUUGUUAACAAGAUAUUGUAGGCAUCAUUUAUGGUAAAAAAAACAAUACGGCAUGCC